AUGGAGAAAGCACCUCGAGCCAUCGUCGUCUUGCUCUUGCUGCGGCUCCUCGCCCAUUUCGGGGCCGUAGCUCUGAAUGUGAGUACAAACCCUGGGGCAGAUGAAUUCCAUGUCGGGGUGAUCCUGGACAUGGGCUCUUUAGUUGGCAAGGAAGCAAGAACCAGCAUUUCUCUGGCUGCUGAAGACUUCUAUGCAGUGCAUCGAAACUACAGCACAAGGUUGGUUCUCCAUGUCAGGGACUCCAUGGGUAACAGUUUCCAGGCUGCAUCAGCAGCUCUUGACCUGCUCAACAAUUACAAUGUGAAAGCUAUCAUUGGCCCUCAGAAAUCUUCAGAAGCAUUUUUCAUGAAAGAUAUUGCAAAUAUAAGUGAAGUACCUGUCAUCUCCUUCACAGCAACAAGUCCAUCCCUUACUUAUGAUAAUAUUCCAUAUUUUGUGCGUGCAACAAUAAGUGACUCCACACAAGUGAAUAGCAUUGCCUCUCUGAUCAAGUUUUAUGGAUGGAGAGAGGUGGUUCCUAUCUACAUAGACACUGAUUAUGGUACAGGUAUUAUGCUGGACCUUCUUGAAGCACUUCAAGGUAAUGAUGCCCGUGUUCCUUAUCAGAGCAUAAUACAUCAAUCAGCAACAAGAGAUCAAAUGACCCAGGAGCUAUACAAGUUGAUGACAAUGCAAACGAGGGUCUUCGUUGUGCACAUGACCUCUUCCAUGGCAUCUGUUCUCUUCACAAUGGCAAAAGAGGUGGGGAUGAUGAACAAAGGCUAUGUAUGGAUCAUAACAUUUGGAGUGGCCAGUUUAAUUGGAUCGCUAAAUCCAUCAGUUUUGGAAGCUAUGAAUGGUGCCCUGGGUGUAGAGGUCUAUGUUCCUAAAUCAACAGAACUUGAAAACUUCACCAUCAGAUGGAAUACGAGAUUCCGGAAGGACAAUCCAAAUGAUCCGUUGUUGAAACUUAGCAUAUUUGGCCUGUGGGGAUAUGAUACAAUCUGGGCAGUAGCACACGCAGCAGAAAUGGCCAGGCCUACAAAAGACAAAGUCCAGAUGCAUCAUAUGUCAAACAGCACGACAACCUUGAAAGGCCCAGGAAACACUCAAAAUGGUAUGAACUUCCUCGAUGCAAUUUUCCAGUACAAAUUUUGGGGUUUGAGUGGUUACUUUGACCUUUCAGAGAGGCAAUUGCAGCCUACCAGAUUUAAAAUAAUAAAUAUAGUUGGGAAAGGAUGGAGAGAUAUUGGGUUUUGGACUGCAAAAGAUGGAUUUUCACAGCGGUUAACCAAACCAAGAUCAAAUAGAACAUAUUUAGGCACAAAGCCUUACCUAAACCCUGUGAUUUGGCCAGGAGAAUCAACAAAUAUACCUAGGGGCUGGGAAAUUCCAACGAGUGGAAAGAAGCUUCAAGUUGGUGUAUGCACAAGUGGCGGAUACCCAGAGUAUAUAUAUGCUGAGAAGGAUCCUAUUAUCACGGGUAUAACAACAGCAAGUGGCCUUGUAGUUGAUGUGUUUGAAGAGACGGUAAAGAGACUUCCUUAUGCACUCCCCUAUGAGUAUGUAUUCUACAACACUACAGAGAAUAUAAGUUCGAGCUAUGAUGAUUUUGUGUACCAAGUUUAUCUCAAAAAAUAUGAUAUAGCAAUUGCAGACAUCACAAUCACGUAUAAAAGAUCUUCAUAUGUCGACUUCAGUUUGCCAUAUACAGAAUCAGGAGUAGCGAUGAUUGUUCCAGUCAAGAAAAACAUAAACACAACUACAUGGAUUUUCUUGAAGCCACUAACAUUUGAAAUGUGGUUUGGAAGCAUCAUGCUCUUUAUCUACACAGGGGUUGUUGUAUGGCUGCUGGAGUUUCUUAGUAACAACAAGAAUUUUUGUGGCCCUAUUCCGAAACAUAUGGUUAUGAUAUAUUUUUCCUUAUUUGCAAAGAAGGAGAUGGUAGAACGACCUCUAUCUCGGAUAGUGUUGAUCAUAUGGUUGUUCUUUCUUCUGGUACUAACAUCAAGUUACACAGCAAGUUUGACAUCAAUGCUAACUGUACAACAGCUUCAGCCAACAGUAACUGAUGUACAUGAACUCCUAAGAAAUGGAGAAUAUGUAGGUUAUCAGCGUGGUUCCUAUGUCAAGGAUCUUUUAGAUGAACUUGGUUUCAGCAAAUCGAAGAUCAGGCGAUAUGAUAACAUUGAUGAAUUUCGAGAUGCACUUUCUAAGGGAAGCAGCAAUGGUGGUAUUUCUGCCCUUGUGGAUGAAAUCCCAUACAUCAAACUAUUUCUUGCAAAGCACUGUGAAGGGUACACAAUGGUUGGACCAAUUUAUAAGACAGCAGGCUUUGGAUAUGCAUUUCAAAAGGAAUCCCCUCUACGCGGUGACAUCUCAAAGGCAAUCCUCAAUAUAACAGGGGGAGACACUAUCAUUCAGAUAGAGAAGAAAUGGAUUGGAGAUCAAAAUAAGUGCCGAAAUGUGGGCCCCGUCACUAUUUCGGGUAGUCUAACCUUUGAAAGUUUUAAGGGUCUGUUCAUUCUUACUGGAGUUGCCUCAACUUCUUCACUUUUGAUCGCUCUGGCUAUUUAUUUCUACAAAAACAAGCAAGUUAAAUCCGGAAAUGGAGAGCAAAACUUUGAACAAAAAGUUAAAGGAGACACAAUUGAGGUAGAGAAGCAACGAGAAGAAACUAGCAGAAAAAUGAUACAUGAUAAACAUCCGCAGAACAGCAUUGUUAACCGCAGUGGAUCGACUGCCAUUCACAGGGGUGACAGAGCUAGUGGACCACGAGUUCUACCUGUCUCGAGUUCGGCUCGAUUUUAG